GUGAGCAAUGCCUUGUGAUGGUCUAAUCCCGGCCCAGGGACUCUACAAAGCUUUUGGCGGGUUCCUCCUUGCUCCAUUCUGCCCUUGCUGGUCCUCCACCGGCUGCCUCAGCCCAGUCUUUUCACGGCAGCGCUGCCACUCUUCGGGGUUGCGCAUUGACUUUGCGAAGACCAUUCAGCUUCGUGUUUUCAGGAGGAAAAGGCAUCAACGAUGACUUCCGUGACUGGCACAUUCAGGAUUGUUUCCGAAGAGGAGCAGGCUUUGCGCACCAAACUUGAGCGCCUGACCACCAAGGACCACGGACCUGUCUUUGGGAAAUGUGAGAAGAUCCCGGACCACACCAUACAAAAGGCUAAGGAUGAACUGAACGAGACCCCGGAGAAGCGUGAGUUGGCCAUCAAAGAACUGCAGGAACUUGUCCAGGAGAAGGCCAAAGGAGGUGAAGACAUCUGCAAAGCCGUGGUCGAAAAAGUGAAGGGGAAGGACAACGCCUUCUUUCUGCGCUUCAUCCGUGCCCGCAAGUUUGAUCUCAACAGGGCUUAUGAUCUGCUUAAAGGCUACGUCAACUUCCGCCAGCAAUACCCAGAGCUGUUUGAAAACCUGACCCCCGAGGCCGUGCGCAGUACCAUUGAGGCCGGCUACCCUGGCAUCCUGAGCAACCGGGACAAGUACGGGCGGGUCGUGCUGCUGUUCAACAUCGAAAACUGGGAUUAUGAGGAGAUCACCUUUGAUGAGAUUCUUCGUGCCUAUUGCGUGAUCUUGGAAAAGCUGCUGGAGAACGAGGAGACCCAAAUCAAUGGCUUUUGUAUCAUUGAAAACUUCAGAGGCUUUACCAUGCAGCAGGCCUCUGGCAUCAAGCCAUCAGAACUGAAGAAAAUGGUGGACAUGCUGCAGGAUUCCUUUCCCGCUCGGUUCAAGGCUGUCUACUUCAUCCAUCAACCCUGGUACUUCACCACAACUUACAACGUGGUCAAGCCUUUCCUGAAGAACAAACUGCUGGAAAGGGUAUUUGUGUAUGGUGAUGAACUUGAGUCCUUUUACCUGGAGAUUGAUGCAGAUAUCCUGCCAGCAGAUUUUGGGGGCAACUUGCCCAAAUAUGACGGAAAAGCUACUGCCGAGAAGCUUUUCGGACCCAGAGUUGAUGCCGAAGACACCGCUCUCUAAAUAAAUAAGCAACGUGAUUUUAGAAAUCCAGCACCUUUGUAUAGAAGAUAGUAUGAGUGAUGGUCAACAAUCCCAGCCAUCUUUUAAAAAACGUAGCGUUUGUUGGAAAGCUCCUUGAUCAUAAACGUCAGGCGUGGGUCUCCAAAUGCCCGUAACACUUGAGUCAAAGUUAUAGAUGGUGGAACAUAGAAAAACCUUUGUGACUCCAACUCUGUGGAAGAACCCUCUAUAUCUCUAUCUCAUCCUCCCUCCUUGCCCUCCCCAUCCAAUACGGAUGCACACAAGAGGAAAAUGAGCAAGUAGAAGAGGAGGAGAACAAGGUUGCUGGGUGGCCAACAGAAGUGGCAGGAUUCAUCCAUCAUGAAGCAAACACUCAGGCAGAACAAUGACUGGGAAGUGCCUUCAGAGAUGUAUGGGUUUGCCUUAUAAGCAGUAGGGCAGUGGUGGAGUGCACACUCACCCACCAACAUGUGUAUGUAUGUAUGAAUCAGGGCCUCACCAGUGAUGUUGGGCUGGUUGCCUAAGGAAGAAGGAAAACGAUCACCGGUAUUCGCAGAUCCUAUCAUUCCACUAUAAAUACAAUUUCCAAUAUAAAUACUGAGAAAUAAAAAAAUCCAUUCCAAAAUACAA